CGACCCUCUUUUGGUCUCGUCAGAAAGAGAGGAAGUUUAUCCUGUGUCUCCAAAGCGGUGCGUCGCUCUCUGGUGAAGGUCGUCAACGCUACGGGUACUUCAAAAUGUCUCUGCCAAAGCCUGUUAUGAGAGGACUUCUUGGAAAGCGUUUGAGGCUUCACUUACCCCUUGCUUUUGCUUUUGCUUUGACUUGUGCUGCUGCUGUUAAGUUUGGAGUCACGGAGCCCAGGAAACGGGCAUAUGCUGAAUUCUACAAAAAUUAUGAUGCCACGAAGGAGUUCAACAACAUGAGGGAAGCUGGUGUGUUUGAGAGUGUCAGGCCUUCUGGGGAGUGAACCUGUAUGAACACCCAUUCCUGAUGUAUCCUCUGUCCACCUUCAGAAUGUGACAUGUUGACCAGUUGGCAUUCUUAUGUGCUCCUAAUAAAUCCAACCAAUUAAACUUAUGUUUAAUAUGA